GCAGCCCCGACUUCCCAUUCAAAAUCGCACACUCAGCGCGCCGCGUGUCGCACUUGGUCCCCCCGGAAUCCAAAACAAAUCCAAAUAACCAUCCCAGAUAUUAACCAGACCCCAGUUUCAAAUCAAAUUCCCAACCACAACGUAACCCCAAAAAGCGCGGUGUAGAAAAUUCCCUAAAUUCCAAAUACAAUUGUAACAGAAAGUUAAGUAACCCCAAAAUAAGAAAUUUUUUUGCUGUGCGAAGCGAGACAAAGAAGAGUGCCAAAAACCCAAAUUAAAAGAAGACCGCAGAACAAGAAAAGAGGAUUACCAACUUAAAACAAGGGAUCUAAAGAAACCAAUGCAAAGAUGUGCCACAAUUCAGGGAUCGUGGAGAAAAACAACGAGCAGCAGAUCGAACGCUAUAUGGCAUGUGGAAUGCCCUCGAAGGCGGUGAAGAGUGUCAAGUACACGAUGAAGAAGCGCGAGAAGAAGGAGCAGAAGAGGAAGGAUCUCCAGAGGGAGCAGCAGUUCCUGGAGGAGCUCGAGCUGAGCAGCAGCAGCGGGAGCGAUUCCUCCUCGAUCACCGGUAGCGACAGCGAGGACAGCGGUGUCACCGAGACCCUCCUGAAAUCCCCGCCAGCGACAGAGAAGGCCACUCCCAAUCCCAAAGUCAGCACCACCACCACCACCACCACCUCCUUCUCCACGCCGAAAAGCGAACUCCUGCGAUUCUGUCCAAGAUUUCGCAAGCUGCAGCAGGAGCAGCAGCAGCAGAUGCUUAAGGAGAUGGAACUGCAGGAGGAGGAGUCGCUGGACACCAGUGCCACCACUGCGGCCGCUUUGAAGGCUCAGCAGCAGCGAAAGCUGAGUUCCAUGGAGCCGUCCAUGGACGACGCCCUGGCCAUUGGCACCCAGAUGACGCGCCAGGUGUCCGAGCGAAUCACCUGCCUGGUGGCCCAGCUGCAGGCCAGUCGCCUUUACACAAUUCUGACGCGUACAACACAACCAGCACACUUGAUAGCCGUUUGCAUUUUGGCCUUUGUGCUGAUGACUGUGGGACGCGACCUCAUCGACCCAACGACAACAGUAGAAACCGCAACAGAAACAGCAGCAUCUGCAACAGCAACCUCGACGAGAACGGCAACGGGCGGCGUUUUGGCGGCCUUGGUGUUUCUGGGGGCCUUUGCCACCCACUUUGGGUCGCAGAUCUGGAUGACAUUUGUCUCGGGUCUCUCGCUGUAUUUCUCGCUGCCCCGCCACGUUUUCGGGCAGUGCCAGCAGAUCCUGUUCCCGCGCUACUUCGCCCUGAACGCCAUGCUCAGCCUGACGAUGCUGGUGGUGUAUGCCAAGUACUUCCUGAGCGGCUGGACGACAUCGGCGGGCAUCCAGAUGGGAUCGCUGGCCCUGGCGGCGGGCAUCGAGGUGGUGGUGCGCCUGUAUCUGGUGCCACCGAUGCUGCAGCUGAUGCACGAGAAGUACAGGAUCGAGGACGCGAUCGGCAGUGGCCAGGAGGUGGGCAGCCUCGUCCAGGGCGACCUCGUCGACUGUCCGCACUACCAGCGCAUCCACAAGGGGUUCCGGCGCAUCCACAUGACCAUCGCCAUUGGCAACAUGACGGUCAUGCUGACCACCUGCCUGCAGUUGUAUUUUCUGGCAUCGAAAAUACGCCUCAGCUAAGGCAGAGGGUUCGGAGUGAAGAAGAAUUUAUAGAUUAGGAUAACCCACCCUCCACAUAUUAUGCAUCACACAUCAACUUCUGUAUUUCAAUGUUCGAUAAUUGUCUCAAAUUUAUAUAUUGCUUAUUGAACCAUUGAUCUUUGGAUGCCCUUCCUCCGCCCCACGCAUUAAAAAAUAUUUAAUUUCUCCCGAGGACGCCUCGUUUUCUGCGACCUUUCAAUCCGAUUUCCUGUGAUAAACUCAGCCCGCCCCCACAACACCACCCCAAGCACCCAGCCACCCACAACCCCACACACAAACCACAGCACAUUUAGCCCAUAGUCGAUAGCCAAUAAUUUACACGGAGUUAUUAAUUAAUAGCCUACUGAUAAUUAAUUAUACUGUUUUUUUUUUU